GCCACUGUUUAACAAAGUACAUACAUAGGCGCUGGAAGUAGUUUGACAUACAUCUCAAAGACAGUAGCUAAGUCACCAGUUAAUUGAUCAUUGAUAUUGGCCUUAUUCCAUAUCACUGUGAUUAGAGCCAAUCUUCUAUAUUGUAGUGAUUCACAGUCACAAACGAUCCUAUACCACAUAGGUAUAUAACCGGUUCCCAAGGGCAGGCAAUUGCCCAUUUAGUACCGUCAAACCCGCACCUUUGGCUUCCUCAUACCACUUUACUACUUCAAACAACAAUCCAGUAAACUAUGAGUGGACACAAGGUACCUGAUGGCGGGUGGUUAGCAUGGAGUCAAGUUGUUGCUUCAUUCCUCAUUUUGACCUGCACCCUCGGCCUUGGAAACUCCUUCGGGGCUUUCCUAUCCUACUACGAGAAUAACACCCUCCAGUCAUACUCAUCGUCAAGCAUUUCAUGGAUCGGAACGGUGCAAGGCUUCUUGCUAAGUGUCAUUGGAAUUAUUAGCGGGCCCCUUUACGACAAGGGCUAUGUCAAGUCCCUGAUGUACUCUGGUAUGAUACUGAACGUCAUCGGUCUGCUAGGGACUAGCUUCGCACAACAAUACCAAUGGAUCAUGCUCUCGUUAGGCGUAUGUAUUGGUCUUGGCUGCGGCGCAAUCUAUGUUCCGGCGCUUGCCAUCAUACAAUCAUACUUUUACAACCGGCUGGCUUUGGCAACUGCAAUCGCUAUUAGCGGAUCAAGCGUUGGUGGGAUCAUAUACCCUAUUCUGUUCCGGCAACUCAACGAUGGAGUUGGCUCCGAAUGGACUUGCCGCGUGUUUGCCUUAAUGAACGGAGUCUUGUUGCUGGCAGCAUGCCUUAUCACGAAGCCUCCGCCAAAGCCGGAAGAGGAAGACUCAGAGCCGGAAACCUUCGACUGGAAAGUAUUCAGGGAUUGGAAGCUGCUCUUACUCGGCGGCUGUGCUUUGCUUUUGAACAUGGUGGUCGAUGUACCAUACUUCUACAUCCCCUCUUUCGUCCAGGACAAAAUUCGACUACCCUCAGGAGUCGAAGAUUCGCUACUCGCAGGAAUGAAUGGAUCGUCGCUGAUAGGCCGCAUACUUCUUAGCUUACUGACAAGAUACUUAAGACCGGUUGUCAUUUGGCAAUUCACCAUACUUGCAUCAUGUAUCUUAUUAUUCUGCUGGUCGUUAGCGAUUAACCUGGGCGGCAUAAUUGCCUUCGCCAUUCUAUACGGAGUAUGUGUUGGGGGGUUAAUCGCAUUAAUACCGCCUUCGGUACGGGACUUAAACCCUGACCCGAAUACUAUCGGAUCCCGCCUCGGAUUAGUCGAGGCGUUUGAAGGGAUCGGCUUCCUUGUCGGACCGCCAAUUGCAGGAGCAAUCCGAGACUCCCCAACCGGUUAUCUCGGAAUAAGUUUACUCUGCGGCUCGCUGUAUCUCGGCCUCUUUUUCAUACUGGGAAUUUUCACUUGGCCACGGCGCGACACAGAAUCGGCGGAGAACUCACCGGAUAUGAGUUCUAUUGGCUACACGGAAUUUCAGGGAUUGUCGCUGGCGACGGCUUCGGGGGUGGAGUUAGCCGAAACAGGCCAUAACAACUCUGCCGUAUCUCCAAGGAUUGCGUGAGAAUUCGCGGAGAUGCCUUUAAAGGGAUUGUUUUUAGAGAUAAAGGAAAGGUUUUUAAUAAAAAGGUUAGGUAGGUUAUUAAAAAAAAAUACAAUUGUUUAACCUUAGAAGAUUGUUUAUUCCAUUGAAUUUUGAAAUGAGUAUUA